UGUCUGUUGUGGGAGUGUUAAACACAACAGGCUUAAAGCAAGCCUGAAAGAAACACCAAACAACAAGGGAGCAAACCUGAAUCUUCACCUGCAGCCUGUCUUCUUCUGCAACCAUGUGGUUUUAUCAUUUCUUAUUCAGCUUGGACCUAAAGAGUCUGUUCUUGUUUGUUUUUCUGUUCCUUCUUAUCGCGGACUAUCUGAAAAACAGGAAACCAGCAAACUUUCCUCCAGGACCAACAGCUUUUCCUUUUGUGGGGAAUAUCUUGGGUUUGGACAGCAAACAUCCACAAAAUUAUUUUACUAAGCUGGCUAAAAUUUACGGGAAUGUCUUCAAAGUUCGGUUUGGUCGGGAUACAAUAGUGGUUCUGUUUGGCUACAAGACGGUGAAGGAAGCCAUAGUGAAUCAAGCGGAGAACUUUGUGGAUCGACCACCAAACGCUAUAGCUGAAAGGUUUUACAUUGAACCUGAAGCUGGUGUGUUCAUGAGCAAUGGUGAAAAAUGGAAGAGACAGCGGCGUUUUGCUUUGUCUACCCUACGCACCUUUGGUCUGGGUAAAAGCAUGUUGGAAGAGAGCAUCUGUGAAGAGAUCCGAUACCUGCAGGAGGAACUAGAGAGGGAGAAAGGAGAACCUUUUACUCCAGCAGGUCUCUUCAACAAUGCUGUGUCCAACAUUAUUUGUCAGCUGGUUAUGGGGAAAAGAUAUGACUACAGCGACCACACCUUUCAGAUCAUGCUGAAGUAUAUGGCGGAUGCAAUUUGGUUGGAGGGGAGUGUAUGGGGUCAACUCUAUCAGAGUUUUCCUAAAGUGAUGUACUACCUGCCGGGUCCUCACAACAGAAUAUUCAGUAAUUACACAACUAUACAAGAUUUCCUGAGUAAGGAGAUAGAAAAGCACAAGACGGACCUGGACCCCAGCAAUCCUCGAGAUUACAUAGACGCUUUCCUUACUGAAAUGAAAAAUCACAAGGAUUCGGACCUGGGCUUCACAGAGAACAAUCUGGUGAUGGUCUCUCUGGACCUUUUUCUGGCUGGAACUGAAACAACAUCCACCACUCUGAUGUGGGCUUUGGUUUACCUCGUCAAAAGCCCUGAUAUCCAAGAAAAAGUCCAGGCAGAGAUUGAUAAUGUGAUCGGACGGGUCCGGCAGCCCUCUAUGGCAGACAGACCAAACCUGCCGUACACUGAUGCUGUCAUCCAUGAGAUCCAGAGGUUUGGAAACAUAGUUCCUCUCAAUGGACUCAGGGUUGCAGCCAAAGACACAACUGUGGGUGGUUACUUUAUACCAAAGGGAACAUCUAUAAUGCCCGUCCUGACCUCUGUGCUGUUUGACAAGAAUGAAUGGGCGACUCCAGACACCUUCAAUCCAGGACACUUCCUGGAUUCCAGUGGAAAGUUUGUGAAGAGAGAAGCCUUCCUGCCCUUCUCUGCAGGAAAACGUGUGUGCCUUGGAGAAGGUCUGGCCAGGAUGGAGCUGUUCCUGUUUUUGGUUGGCCUACUGCAGAAGUUCACUUUCUCUGCUCCUGAAGGAGUGGAGCUGAGUACAGAGGGAGUCACCGGGUUUACUCGCGUUCCUCACCCCUACAAGGUUUACGCUAAGGUUCGCUAACAUAACAUGAAGAAGGUCUUCCUGACCCUGCCCUCUGAACCAGCCCAUACUGGUUUCUUUAACGUUUGUUCUGACCUGUACAAUGUCAGAUUAUUUAGCUCUUGUAUUAUUUCUGGACUCUUAAUCAGCUGCAGAUUGAUCGAUAUGUACACAUUCCAUUAAGCUUUUGAAAAGAAGUUUGUUUUUGCAUUUUUUAUGACAUGUUUGUAACACGAACAACGUUAAUGUGUUGCUUGACAGUUAUUUCUAUGUAAUUGUUUUAAGUGUUUCAACAUUUAUUGUGCUUUUUUUUCCCAGAAAAAUAAAAUAAAAUUGAAGUGACACCAU